CAGCAUGAAGUGUGUCGGGAGUAGUGCAGCUAAUACAUAGUCAUAUGUGAUCCCGUUUGCUUGGCCGUUUUUGUGCAUUGUUUUGUCUCUGGACAUCUAGACAUAAAGUCUACUGCAUGCAUUUAUUUUCUUAGAUACAUAGUAGUGUACUUAUGCAAUGAGGAGUUUCUUUUCUUUGGUUUAUUCUUUUUCAGGAACUUGUGCCUUUAGUACCAGCCUUUACAAUGAGGAUAGAUACACAGACACACACAUGCACGCCCAUAGAUCUGUUUUGUCUAAGAGCAAGGUUCUCACUUAUCUAUGUCCUUAUUUUCUCUAUAAUCUUGAAUUAUAUUGUUGCUUCACUUAACUUGAAGCUUCCAAUUAGUGGCUGGCCGUAUGGUAUUUUGUGCAUUCCAGCAGCUGAUUUCCAAGGAAACAAAAGCAAAAACAGUGCUGUGUCCUACCUUUUUUCUACCUUUUUUUUCUAUCCCACAGAAGCUUUAAAGAUUAAGUCAUGGAAAAAACGAAAAGAACAGUUUGGAUGUCUGACUAUGAAACCAUUAAUCAUUAAGCUUGAUGUGGUUUUACAAAACAACUUCUUGAAUAAUCUAUGGACACAAGAUCAGCAUUUCUUCAGGCAUACCAAUUUUGUAGCUAGCUUUCGGACACAAUUUUAGCAUUUAUUGAUAUUUUCAUGUUUAUUGCUGCUUCUGCUCCAAGCACAUGCUGAUCAGUGAAUAUUAUUUGAUAGUGGUAAUCUUGUCCUUGAUUGUUUAGAUGAAUUUUUCAUUUUUUUUCAAUCUUCCCUUUUUUCACUGGAAGAGUUACACAAGAUGUUUUGUAGGUGUAGCCAUGUAAGAAUCGGGUAGUGUUCUUAGAGGAGCUUUGUCUUUGUUGUUGUACUAUGUCAAUAGCUUUGUCGGAUUUCAGUGAGCCGUGUAAAAUCAGACAGAAUGUGGAUGGAUAUAACUGUCCAUGUCUGCUUAUGAAGAGAAGAUGCGAGUUAGCCACGACGGACAUCAUUCGGCUGCCAAGGUUGUUUCGCUUUCUUCAAAAGCCAUUGGCACAAUUUAUAUCUGUUCUUCGGGCACCCAAGAGCAAAGAAGGCUAUGCAUCUAUAGGUGGUGGUUCUCCUCUUCGGAAAAUAACUGAUGCCCAGGCAGAAGAAUUAAGGAAAUCACUUUGGGCAAAAAAUGUUCCAGCCAAGGUGUAUGUUGGCAUGAGAUACUGGCACCCAUUCACUGAAGAAGCCAUUGAGCAGAUAAAGAAAGAUGGAAUUACCAAGCUUGUUGUUCUUCCACUUUACCCACAGUUUUCAAUAUCAACUAGUGGUUCAAGUCUUCGACUCUUAGAGAGUAUAUUCAGGGAAGAUGAAUACCUAGUCAACAUGCAACACACCGUUAUCCCAUCUUGGUAUCAACGCGAAGGAUAUAUAAAAGCUAUGGCAGAUCUAAUAGAAAAAGAGUUACGAACUUUUGGCAAUCCUGAGAAGGUUGUGAUAUUUUUCAGUGCACAUGGGGUGCCACUUGCGUAUGUAGAGGAGGCUGGUGAUCCAUAUAAGGCAGAGAUGGAGGAAUGUGUGGACUUGAUAAUGGAAGAGCUAGAAAAACGGAGAAUAACUAAUCCGUACACUCUUGCUUAUCAGAGUAGAGUUGGCCCGGUGGAAUGGCUGAAACCAUAUACAGAUGAGACAAUUAUUGAUCUUGGACGAAAGGGUGUGAAGAGCCUUUUGGCUGUCCCGAUAAGUUUUGUGAGCGAGCACAUUGAAACUCUCGAAGAAAUUGAUGUAGAGUAUAAAGAGUUGGCUAUUAAAUCCGGCAUCGAGAAAUGGGGUCGUGUCCCUGCUCUAGGAUGUGAACAAACGUUCAUUUCAGACCUGGCAGACGCAGUGAUUGAGAGUCUCCCUUAUGUUGGUGCCAUGGCAGUGUCAAAUCUUGAAGCUCGACAGUCUUUGGUGCCACUGGGUAGCGUAGAAGAGCUAUUGGCAGCGUAUGAUUCUCAACGGAGAGAGCUUCCACCUCCUGUGACAGUUUGGGAAUGGGGCUGGACAAAAAGUGCGGAAACUUGGAAUGGAAGAGCGGCUAUGCUAGCAGUGCUGGUAUUAUUGGUUUUAGAAGUCACUACUGGAGAGGGAUUUUUGCAUCAGUGGGGUGUAUUACCAUUGUUUCACUAAGAAAAAUGCUCUUGCUCUCUUCCACCUCCUCUCUCUCUCUCCAAAGUUGGUGAUGAUUUCACCUCCAAAAUGGAGCCCCAUGCAUGAUAGUUUGUGCGAUUGUCCUGCAGUUGAAGUAAAUGUAUAUCAUGUCCUUGGUGAGGUUCAAAUGUGAGUA